AUGGCUUACUCCCAAGGUGCAACCGUUCCAAACACGGCGCCUGUGUUUCAUCCAACAGUAUGGGGUGACUUCUUCAUCGACUACAGUCCAGAAAUAUUACAGAUGUCCGAGGAAUGGAUGACAGAUAGGUCCAAUCAAUUGAAGGAGAAUGUGCUUGUGAUACUUGAGGCUUGCACUACUACAGUUGAUAAACUGAACCUUGUGGACACUCUCCAACAUCUAAGUAUAGAUCAUCAUUUCGAUGAACAAAUUAUCUCCAUAUUAAGAAACAUACAUGCUUCUGAAUCCAAUAGCUCCAACCUUCAUGAGGUCGCCCUUCGAUUCCGCUUACUGAGGCAACAUGGACUCUGGGUAUCUCCAGAUGUAUUCAACAAGUUCAAAGACGAAGAUGGGGCGUUCAAUGUUGGUAUAAGUAAUGACCCAAGGGGACUCCUAAGCUUAUACAACGCAUCAUAUCUUUUAACUCAUGGAGAGACGGAACUUGAAGAAAGUAUCUUGUUUGCAAGGAAACACCUUGAGUCAAUGGAAAGCGACCUCAAGCCCCCAUUGGCCGAGCAAGUCAGGCGUUCUCUUCACUUACCACUGCCUAAGACUUUGAAGAGAGUAGAGGCGCUGCAUUAUAUGUCAGAAUACAAAUACGAGCCUAUGCACAAUUCUACAAUUCUAGAAUUAGCAAAAUUGGAUUUUAACCUUCUGCAACACCUCCAUUUGAAGGAGCUCAAGGCUCUCUCGAGGUGGUGGAGAGAUCUUUAUAGAGAAGUGGGGCUAACUUACUCACGAGACCGUGUAGUGGAGUGCUACUUGUGGUCAUACAUGGCAUACUGUGAGAAAAAGUAUUCGCGUGCAAGAAUUAUUCUAGCCAAAAUAGUCGCAAUAAUAAUCAUGACAGAUGACACUUAUGAUGUGCGUGCUAGUUUGAUGGAGUGUAGACAACUCAAUGAAGCUAUACAAAGAUGGGAGGAGAGUGCCAUUUCUCUUCUACCAGAGUACCUCAAGAAUUUCUACCUCAAGCUGAUAAGCACAUUUAAAGAGUUUGAAGACGAGUUGGAACCAGAUGAGAAAUAUCGUGUCUCUUUUAGCAUAAAAGCGUUUCAAAUAUUAUCAAUUAACUAUCUCCAAGAAGCUGAAUGGUCUCAUCAUAAUUACAAGCCAAGAUUUAAUGAUCAAGUGGAGGUAUCUAGUAUAUGGUCUGGUGCACCACUGGCAUGUGUUGGCUUGUUUGUUGGUAUGGGUGAUAUUGCAACCAAGGAGAUACUCGAAUGGGCACUUGGUUGUACAGAUGCUGUCAAGGCAUCUGCAGUGGUGACACGAUUAAUGAAUGAACUUGCUUCGUUUAAGCGUGGAAAGAACAAAAAUGAUGUGGCCAGUUCAGUUGAGUGUUACAUUAGUGAGCAUGGUGUGACAGGUGAUGUUGCUAUUGCCAAGAUAGGUUCUAUGAUUGAAGAUGCCUGGAAGACUACAAACCAUGCACGCUUUGAGCUUGCUGAGCUUUUUCCUGCGGUACAACUAGUCGCGAAUGUAUCAAUCAGCAUGUGGUUCAUGUACGCCAACCAGAAGGACUCUUUUACAUUUAGCAAUGGCCUUGACGGGACGAUUAGGCGCCUAUUUGUCAAUUCUAUUCGCUUCUAG